UAUGCCGUCUUAAGUUUACUUAUGCAGAUCGCCGACUCAUCCCAUGGUGGUUGACGGCAGCGUCUGACAUGAGAAAUUCGAGAUGCGAGCGACGAGCUGGUCGUUAAUGAACCGAAAUCUCGUCAUCGCGGAGGAAGUGCUACUGCUGCUGCUGCUUUUACUGCAUUUUACUGCUGGAAAGGGAAAACGAGUCUCAGAAGAGUGAAACGCACGACAAAGAAGAAGAUGAAGAUACGGGAGGACGUGUAGGACAUUCAAGCGGAAGAGGAAGAAGAGUACGACAACUCGUGGAUGGAAAAGAGAGUAAGAAGAAGAGGAAUGACGAGGAAGAUUGGACGUCUUUGAGAAGAUCAAACGGCGAGCGGGGAGGAGCUGCUGCGGCUGAACCGCUAAUAUGCGUACCGGAAAAAGUGCAAUGUCCUCCUUCGGAGGCGUGAUACUGGCGGCGAUGUGUAGGAAUUAAAGAGAGCACGGCAAUCUCCACGAUCUCGAGAUCGUCUUGAAACUGUCACUGCCAGUUUCGGACGCUGCGACGAGAAAAGGAAGAAGGAGAAUUUUAUUAUAUGCACCGUCAGGUGAAAUUCACUGAAGAAAGAUAGAGUGGAAAGAUACGGAGGAGAGAAAAAGACAGAGAAAAAGAAAAUACGAAACACGAAAGAGAAUUAUUACAUGUUCUGAUACAACAUUCUCUGAGAGAAGAUAGGCGAGAAGAGUGUAGCAGAAGAAAGUAUCAAGAGAAGGGAGAAAGAAAGAGAGAAUCGAAUUUUUGCCCGGUUGUUGCACCACGUGGACGCAAUGCAAUAAAGCUCCGUGUAUGAUUAAUCGCUUGAGUAGUCUGAUCUUUAAUUUACUUCGCUUCUUCUUUCUCGAUGCCCUUUACCGGUAGAUGAUGAAAAAUGCUGCGAGCGACUUUUUAAUCUGGAUUUAUCGCUUGACACGAUUUAUUAGCGGAAUCAUGUGUAUGUAUGACGUAGAUACGUGAUUUAAUUUACUAUCGAAACGCGAUAGUAACAGUCAAAUUUCGUGUUCAAUGUUGUGUUCAUUUUUUAUCAGCGUUGAUUCUGGAAAAAAGACGUUUUCUCAAAACGAUCAAUCGAUAGCCACCGUAAUUCGGUGGUUCACCGCGUUGUGUUCGUCCUACUUUUUGCAUCAAGCACUGCCAUAUAAGUACUCACUGCCUACCAGCGCAUAUUACUUUAUGUUACACGACAUAAUCCGAGCCACAGUACCGUCUUCCGAUAUGUCUUUCGCCGUAGACUGUCUGAAUUUCGCGCUCCUCUUCGUUUGCACGCGCGUGUUCCAUCUCGCACUUGGUAUCAGCGCACAGUAUUAUAAGGCCCAAUUGGAUGCGCAUUUAAAACUUCACGGAGAAAAGUGGGCGAGCGAGGAUGUGCGGAAAUGCAAAUUAUGCAACAAACAAUUCGUACAGCCCGCACUCUACCGAAUGCACAUUCGCGAGCAUUACAGGACGAAGAUAGUAAAACAAACUAAGAGGGGAACGAAACAUAAAACAAUGUACAAAUGUACCAUAUGUUUGAAGACUUUCCAAAAACCGAGCCAAUUAAUACGACAUAUCAGAAUACAUACCGGAGAAAAGCCCUUUGAGUGUACUGUCUGCAACAGGGCGUUUACGCAAAAGAGUUCGCUACAAAUCCAUGCAUGGCAACAUAAGGGCAUUCGGCCACAUGCCUGCAGUCUCUGUAACGCCAAAUUUAGUCAAAAAGGAAAUCUAAAGGCGCACAUACUCAGAGUGCACAAUGCACCAGAAGGUGAAUCAACGUAUGCGUGUUCCUAUUGUUCCUGCGUCUUUAAGAGGCUGGGCAGUUUAAAUGGACACAUAAAGCGAAUGCAUUCUGUUACCUCGGAGGAAUUCAGCGCAAAAUCCUCGGAAGCUAAUCGUAUCUCGUCGGAAGCUGAAAUGCGUGCGACCGUCGACAGUGUUAUAUCACAAUUGGCAUCUUUGGAAUCCGUUGUGAAUAAUACUGCAGAUUCCACAAGAACUACGACCUUAAGUGCGGAGCAGAAUGAUAUUUUGCAACAGGCAUUAAAAAACAGCGGUUUACCGAAUAAAAACGAUGUCGUUUCGAAAGAACCAAAGAAAACUGAUUCAUCAACGUCGUAUGUCACGCUAGUAGACAGAACUGCUGGUGGUACUUCGAGGAAGUAUCUCACUAUAAAACAACGCUGCGUAGGAAACGUACGAUGGUAUGCGUGUUCAUUUUGCCCAAAAGAAUUCAAAAAGCCGUCGGAUCUAAUACGUCAUUUGCGCGUACACACCCAAGAGAAACCCUUCAAGUGUAUGUAUUGCGUGCGUUCUUUUGCGCUAAAAUCGACAAUGAUAGCGCAUGAGCGGACUCAUACUGGGGUGAAGAAAUACGCCUGCGAGUCCUGCGAUAAAACCUUUGCGUGUCAUAACAGUCUUACCGCUCACACAAAAUUACACACGAAACCGCACAAGUGCAAUAUAUGCGACAAAUCAUUUAGCGCAAGCACCAUCCUAAAAAAUCACAUGAAGAGCCACACGCGGGAGAAGCCGAAGAUAUCGCCGGAGGCGGAAAGUCUAGUGCCGCAAGUGGUACUGCAAGAACCGCUUGUCAUUAGCGACGCUGGUAAUAAAAUCAGCGUAGCACAGGUGCAGUCGAAACAGAAACAAUUAUACGAAAGUGUCGGCGUAACCAGGCCGCAUGAAUGUUGGGUUUGUCACGCGGCAUUCAGGAAAGUUAGUCACUUGAAGCAACAUUUUCGCAGACAUACGGGCGAACGUCCUUAUAAGUGUCCCAAGUGUGACAGGAGAUUCACAUCGAACAGUGUUCUGAAAUCUCACUUACAUACGCACGACGAUACGAGGCCGUAUAGUUGUUCUGUAUGCGACACGAAAUUCUCGACGCAGAGCAGCAUGAAGAGGCAUUUGGUCACACAUAGUAAUAAAAGGCCAUACAUGUGUCCAUACUGUCACAAAACGUUUAAGACAUAUGUCAAUUGCCGAAAGCACAUGAAGAGGCACAAACACGAGCUGGCACAACGGCAAUUGGAAGAACAAAAGAUGCAAGCUCAGAAGGAUUCACAGCCUUCGAGCGAAGCUAAGGAAGCUACAUCAUCGUUACCGGAGAGCAUCACUCUAACCGAAGAUAUGGAGGUGUCCUUUCAACCACAAAUGGCACCAGAUUUUACGCAGGCUUUUUCUGAUCAGUUUCAAAAUAUCAACACGGAGAAAGAAAAAUCCUUUUUACUACCGGAUAAUACAACGCCAUCGAUAGUGAAUCAAAAUUUAUCUGUCGACACAACUAAUUUAAGAACGUCGCAAACUUUACACGCCGAUGAAACUGGUACUAUCACGUUACCUAAUUACUCAGGGGAUCAAACUUUCACGCCGGAAAGUAUACGAGAGAUAGAGGAGACUCUAAAUCAGCAGUUAUUCAACAUGGGCAUGAAUCUCGAGCUGGAAACAAACAAUUUGCCGAGGCAGGUGGACGAAGCGAACACAAAUUCUCUCGACAAUUCUAGAGAACAGCCGGUGCUCAAUAUUAUAUAUGAACAUAACAAAUCUCUGGAAUCAUCAGGCAAUACCAUAUUUAUGUCACAAUUUGAUUCAUUUGAUAUGAACCAAAUAACAUUGCAGACGGAUAACGAUAUAGACAUUGGUUUAAAUCCAAGCAACUCUAUGAGUAUGUCCAGUAUUUUGCCCAGAUCCGUGGAAAGUCAACAAGAAAAACAACAAGCUGUUCCAGUUACUACAGCUAGCAAUAUAGACACUUCUCAAAUUACGAGAAAUACUCAUCUGGUGGUAAUAAAUCCUAAGGAAAAUUGUUCGGAAUUAGUGAGACUUUCACAAAUAUGCCCGUCGAAGUACUCAAAAGUCAUCGCAAAAGCGGAUACCACAAAUGGAUCGGAGAUGCAAGGCAUAAAUGGGCAUGAAAAGACACCACAAAAAAGUAAUGCUAAAUCGUGUGAAAACGAAAGAAAUUCUUUUAUGAAGAAUUUUCAAAGUACAAUGCCAUCAAAGACGCUUGUUUCAUCUGACAUAACGGACAACUCAGCCAAAAUAUCGCAGUGUAACACUCUGCUGCAAUGUCACGUGUGCGGCGAUCAAGGUUUUUCGACAGAGAAAUUGAAGGAACAUUUGAAAUCUCAUCGUGGUGACAAAGAGUAUGAAUGUUCUGAGUGUUCCCAGCGAUUCUGCACGAACCGCGGUCUCAGUAAGCACCUGAAGAUGCACAUGAACAAACAGCGAUGGAAAUGCAUGAUAUGUCAAAAAGUAUUGGACAGCAAACUGCAAAUGAAAUAUCACAGCAAAAUUCAUACCGCAACUUGGAAUGUUUCGUCCAUGGAGCCGGACACUUCUCAGAAGAAUAUUAUUUCCUCGAGUUCCGGUUUAACAACGCUGGAUGUCCGAGCAGAUUCAAACUCGUCCGUUUCUGAGAAGGUUUUGAUGGCCGCAGUCGCCGAGAAAAAAAGCAUGGACCGCGCUGAUGAGAAUAUAGUGAAGAAAGAGAUAAGGGAAUACACUAAUAAAUGCAAGUACUGUCCGAAAACUUUCCGUAAACCAAGCGAUCUCAUCAGGCACAUUCGCACGCAUACGGGUGAACGACCUUACAAGUGUGAUCACUGCAACAAAAGCUUCGCGGUCAAGUGUACUUUGGAUUCGCACAUGAAAGUUCACACGGGCAAGAAGACAUUCUAUUGCCAUGUCUGCAGCAGCUUGUUCGCUACAAAGGGCAGUUUGAAGGUUCACAUGCGAUUACAUACAGGUUCGAAACCAUAUAAAUGUCUCGUGUGCGAUCUUCGAUUCCGCACUUCGGGUCAUAAGAAGGUACAUAUGUUGAAGCACGCAAGAGAGCAUAAAGGUGGCGCAAAACGUAAGCCGAAACACUUCAAGGUUGCUGCGGUGGCAGAAGCGGCGGCCAGCCUCGAAAAACUCGGCAAUAGUUCUCUUGAUAAUGCGUCAACAACGACGACUACUGCCAUAAUCAACGAUGAAGCCGCGCCGUUGCAGAAUCUGAAUUAUCCCACGUUAGAGCAAACAGUGAAUCUUGGUACCGCGGUUCAUUUGCCGAAUCAAAUCGCGUUUAAUCAUACCGACACCACGACGACAAUUCUCAAUAACAAUUCCAUACUGUCUGUAAACGAAAACAACGAACUAGUCGCGAAUCUGCAAUUCUUGUUAGCAAAUGGUCUCGUAACUUUUCAAACGGACGAUACCCUGCUGACGCAAUCAACGACAAACAGUUCCGAUGCUACCGGCGCCGGAAUGCCAACUAACAUGAUCGAGUUAGUUAAUCCGGAUCCUUUUCAGGAAGCUUGCAACUUGGGUAACGCCAAUCACGUGGUAAUAACCAGUCAAGUGCCAGCGGAGACGACGACCGCGGAUACGAGCAACACGGCAGUUAUUCAGAUGAACAAUUGUAUGCCUCCUGUAUCUAUGGUACAAAUUCAGACUCAAGAUACAAAUAGCGUUGGUGUGUUUGAAGCGAAAACGAGUAAUCAAACAACGACAGCAACUAUGGCGAAAGCUUCGGCGCAGCCUUCAAGUAAGGAAUGCGACGUAUGUGGAAAAACGUUCAUGAAGCCAUAUCAAAUGGAACGACACAAACGCAUUCAUACAGGGGAAAAACCGUUCAAGUGCGAGCAGUGCGGCAAGUCGUUUGCGCAAAAAUUUACGCUGCAUCUGCAUCAGCAGCACCACACCGGUGAUCGGCCGCACUCUUGUCCGCACUGCAAGCGCCUUUUCACGCAGAAAUGCAACUUACAGACACAUCUAAAACGCUUCCAUCAGACGGUCAUGCUCGAUGUUAAAAAGUUGAAGAAUGGCCAACAGAUGCUGGGCACACUUCUACAAGACAAUCAAGGCGGCACUACUAAGCUGCUAAACCUAGACGACAUACUGGUGGUAGAUUUUCUCAAGUAA